AUGUUUGGUCGUGUUCCAAAGAAGAGUGAUAACACCAAAUAUUAUGAAGUACUUGGGGUUUCCAAAAGUGCGAGUCAAGAUGAAUUGAAAAAGGCUUAUAGGAAGGCUGCCAUAAAGAAUCAUCCUGAUAAAGGUGGAGAUCCCGAGAAGUUUAAGGAACUGGCUCAAGCUUAUGAAGUUCUUAGCGAUCCAGAGAAGAGAGAAAUAUAUGAUCAAUUUGUUGAAGAUGCCUUUAAAGAGAAUGGGAGAUGGCCUUCUCACAACCCCUUCGAAAUAUUUGAGUCAUUUUUUGGUGGGGGAGCCUUUGGUGGUGGUGGUAGCUCACGAGGAAGAAGGCAGAAGCGAGGUGAAGAUGUAGUGCAUACUCUAAAAGCUUCCCUGGAGGACUUGUACAAUGGGACAACAAAGAAACUCUCUCUUUCCAGGAACGCUCUUUGUGGAAAAUGUAAAGGGAAAGGUUCAAAGAGUGGAGCCUCUUCUAGAUGUUAUGGUUGCCAGGGUACAGGAAUGAAAAUUACAACACGUCAGAUUGGACUGGGCAUGAUACAACAGAUGCAGCAUGUCUGUCCUGAAUGCAGAGGCUCAGGUGAGGUGAUCAGUGAUAGAGAUAGAUGCCCACAGUGCAAAGGAAACAAGGUUACUCAGGAAAAGAAGGUGCUGGAAGUACAUAUUGAGAAAGGAAUGCAAAAUGGCCAAAAAAUUACAUUUGAAGGACAAGCUGAUGAAGCUCCAGAUACAGUUACUGGAGACAUUGUUUUUCUAUUGCAACUCAAGAAACACCCCAAAUUUGAACGGAAAUUUGAUGACCUUUAUGUUGAACACAACCUCAGUUUGACAGAGGCUCUGUGUGGGUUCCAGUUUGCCCUAACUCACCUUGAUGGCAGGCAGCUCCUAAUUAAAUCAAAUCCCGGCGAGGUCAUUAAGCCCGGUCAAUACAAGGCUAUCAAUGAUGAGGGUAUGCCCCAUCAUCAAAGGCCUUUCAUGAAGGGCAGGCUAUUCAUCCAUUUCAAUGUUGAUUUCCCAGAAUCCGGGGUAUUUUCACCUGAGCAAUGCGGGACAUUAGAGAAUAUAUUGCCCAUGAGGUCUAAUAAGCAUUUGGCAGACAUGGAACUCGAUGACUGUGAAGAGACUACAUUGCAUGACGUCAACAUUGAGGAGGAAAUGAAGCGGAAGGAACAACAGCAGCAUAGGCACCAUGAAGCUUACGAUGAAGAUGAUGAUGAGCCAUCAAUGCCAAGAGUGCAGUGUGCCCAACAAUAAGAAAUGUUAGCAUUUAAUGUUUUUCCCUAGUAAUUAUAUCUGCUGGAUACAAAUAUUACUAGGAAGUUUUUAUUUUGUGGGUGUCUGCAUAUUAAAUUAGCAUUUUGACUUUUUUUUUAAUUUUUAUUUUGGUUACUUUUUUUCGUUUCCAGCAUUUUGUGUUAUAUUAUCACAGUUUGUUCACAACCCUUCUUCAACGGUUAAUCUAUUUUCAGAUUCUAUGUUCGAA